AUGCCAUCUGCUCAACCUAUUAAAGGAAUUAGUUUUGUUUCGUUGGUAACAAAUGAUUCCGAAGUAUUUGAGAAAUUGGCUUACUUUUAUAAUGAAUUGGGGUUUAGAUUAAUCAAGAACUUUUCCAAAGUUUCAAAUAAUGGAGCUGCAUCAGCUACUAAUAAUCCAAGCUUACAUUUAGGUAUAUCAAAUGAUUCAUUAAGAGAAAUAUGGUUAGAAAGUUUCCCAUUACAAAAUCUUGAUUCUAAUGGAAAUACAACUCCAUGGCAAGAAUUAGAUGUUUAUGAUGGUGAUAAUUGUAAAAAACUUUCUGAUUCUACUACUUUAAAAAUUAGAUUAUCAAACUUACCAAAAAUUAGUCAAGCUCAUAAGGAAUUAAACUUUUUCAGUACCAAUUUAAAAGAAAUCAAAGAAAUCCUUGGAAGUUAUGGCUCAAAAUUUGAAUCUGAUGAGACUUCUAUUGUUAGUAUUGAUCCUUUAGGAAAUACUGUCAAAUUUACAAAUCAUAAGAAUCCAUUGGUUAAAGAAACAUUCACUUCACCAGAAGAAUAUAUCGAUAUCACUUCCAAAGAAAUAUUAUCAACUCUUAAAGCAAAAAGAGAUAAAUUGGAAAAACCAGUAGAGGAACAAAAGAAAAAGAAAAUCGGGGUCAUGACAUCUGGUGGUGAUGCUCCUGGUAUGAAUCCUGCCGUUAGAGCUGUUGUCAGAGCUGGUAUUUACUUAGGUUGUGAUGUGUUUGCCGUCUAUGAAGGUUAUGAAGGUUUAGUUCAAGGUGGUGAUUUAUUAAAAAAAAUGGAAUGGGGUGACGUUAGAUCAUUCUUAUCCCUCGGUGGGACCAACAUUGGUACUGCUAGAUGUGCCGCAUUCAGAGAACGUGCAGGAAGAUUAAUUGGUGCUUAUAAUAUGAUCAUCAACGGUAUAGAUGCCUUAAUCGUUUGUGGUGGGGAUGGCUCUUUAACAGGUGCUGAUCUUUUCAGAAGUGAAUGGCCAUCAUUAGUUGAAGAAUUAGUGUCUACCGGAAAGUUAACUGCUGCUGAAGUCGAACCUUACAAAAAUCUUACCAUUGUAGGAUUAGUUGGAUCAAUUGAUAACGAUAUGGCAUCUACUGAUGCUACCAUUGGAGCUUAUUCUUCAUUAGAAAGAAUUUCAGAAAUGGUUGACUAUAUCGAUGCAACUGCCACUUCACAUUCUCGUGCUUUCGUUGUGGAAGUCAUGGGAAGACAUUGUGGUUGGUUAGGUUUAAUGUCUGGUAUUUCUACUGGUGCUGAUUAUAUUUUCAUUCCUGAAAGACCUCCAACUGCUGGUAAAUGGCAAGAAGAAUUAAAAGAAAUUUGUAGAAGACAUAGAGAAAAGGGUAGAAGAAAGACAACUGUUAUUGUUGCUGAAGGUGCCAUUGAUAAUGAACUUAAUCCUAUUUCUGCUGAAGAAGUUAAAAAUGUUUUAGUUGAAUUAGGCUUGGAUACUAGAAUCACUACAUUGGGUCAUGUUCAAAGAGGUGGUACUGCUGUUGCUUACGAUAGAAUGUUGGCCACCUUGCAAGGUGUCGACGCUGUUAGGGCUGUUUUAGAAUCUACCCCAGAUAUUCCUUCCCCAAUGAUUGGUGUCUUAAAUAACAAAAUUGUGAGAAAACCUCUAGUUGAAGCAGUUAGAUUAACUAAAUCAGUUGCUGAUGCCAUUGAAUCAAAGGACUUUGAUGGUGCCAUGGCUUUAAGAGAUUCAAGUUUCGAAGAAGCCUAUAAACAAUUCUUAUCUAUUUCAAUCAAUGAUGAUGGUCUGACUUUAUUAGCCAAAGACAAACAAUUAAACAUUGGAAUUGUUCAUGUUGGUGCUGCAUCAUCUGCAUUAAAUGCUGCUACUCGUGCUGCUGCCUUAUACUCAUUAUCUAGAGGUCAUAAAUUAUUUGCCAUUCAAAAUGGGUUUAACGGUUUGAUAAAUGACGGAACUCUUCGUGAAUUAAAUUGGUUAGAUGUUGAAGAUUGGCAUAAUAGAGGUGGUUCAGAAAUUGGAACUAACAGAUCUUUGCCAUCUGAAAAUUAUGGUAAAGUUGCUUACUACUUGCAAAAAUAUAAUUUACAAGGUUUAAUCAUAAUUGGUGGUUUCGAAGCAUUUACUGCAUUAAAUGAAUUAAAUGAAGAAAAACCAAAUUAUCCAGUAUUUGAAAUUCCAAUGGUGGUCAUUCCAGCUACUGUGUCUAAUAAUGUUCCAGGUACUGAAUAUUCCUUAGGAUCGGACACUUGUUUGAAUCAAUUAGUAAAGUAUUGUGACGCCGUUAAACAAUCAGCAUCAUCUUCUAGAAGAAGAGUUUUUGUUGUUGAAGUUCAAGGUGGUCAUUCUGGUUAUGUUGCAUCAUACUGUGGAUUAAUCACGGGUUCUUUAGCUACUUAUACACCUGAAUCUAAGAUUGCUUUAAGAACUAUCCAAGAAGAUAUUGACUUAUUAUUUGAAGCGUUUGCUAACGAUAGAGGUGAAGAUAGAAAUGGUAAGAUGGUAAUUCGUAACGAACAAGCUUCAUCAGUUUAUUCAACUGAAUUGAUUGCUGAUAUUGUUAAAGAAAAUGCUAAAGGUAGAUUUGAAACUAGAACUGCUAUUCCAGGUCAUGUGCAACAAGGGUUCACUCCUUCCUCGGUCGACAGAGUUAAUGCAGUGAAAUUCGCUGUUAAAUCAGUUCAAUUUAUAGAGGAAUGGAAUGGAUCAUGUGCGAGGGAAGAUGAUAUCAUACCAAAGGAAAGAAUUUCAAAUGCGGUAGUUAUCGGUAUUCAAGGUGCACAUGUACAAUUCACUGAAGUCAAAACAUUAUAUGAAAAUGAUGCUAAUGUUAAAUUAAGAAAGGGUAAAACAGUACAUUGGAAGGAGAUGACUGAGGUUGCAGAUAUGUUAAGUGGUAGAUUAUCGUUAAGAGCCAAACAUUAA